CGCUCCUUGGUCUCAUUAUCUUCUCUCGGCCUCUGGAUUCGUUCUUCUGGGCUCGGAAUUGGACGUGCUUCAUCUAUCUUUAUGUUAUCCUCCGCGGUCAAGUCGACCUGCAGAAAAUAUGUCACGAAAUCGUCUUCGCUAGGUCUCCCGAGCACACCCAUCCCCUCGUCACCUUUCUCGUCUCUGUCAAAAUCAAAAUCAGCAUCGACAUACUCGUAUAAUGGUUGUCGGCGUACACUCGCGCGUUCGUUCGCCUCGUCCGUAACGAGGAGGAAUGACGUUCCUGAGACUGGGCUGGGCGAGGACGGGAUGAUGCCUCCGGAGAGGAUACGGAAUAUUGCUAUUAUUGCGCACGUCGACCACGGAAAAACCACCCUCGUGGACCAACUCCUCCGUCAAUCCGGUACCAUCAAACGUCUCUCCGCCCUCGAACAAAUCCAAUACACUCCUUCGGCCACCACCUCCACCGCGACCAAAGUAACCGCCGAUUCCUCCAUCGACGAUGGUUUCGUCACGCGGCUUAUGGACUCUAAUGACCUCGAACGCGAGCGUGGGAUCACCAUUUUGUCGAAAUGCACGAGUGUGAAUUAUAAGGGCAAUAUGAUCAAUAUCGUCGAUACGCCUGGACACGCGGAUUUUGGAGGGGAGGUGGAGCGUAUUAUGAGUAUGGUCGAUGGGGUCGCCCUUGUGGUUGAUGCGACGGAGGGACCGAUGACGCAGACGAGGUUUGUGUUGAGUAAGGCGCUGAAGAGGGGUUUAAAACCUCUGGUGGUUAUGAAUAAGGCUGACCGCCCCUCCGCUCGUCCGGCCAUGGUCGAGAGCGACUUAUUCGACCUAUUUGCCAUUCUGGGUGCAUCAGACGAUCAAAUGGAAUACCCUCUCCUCUACGCCUCCGCAAAACAAGGGUGGGCGACAACGGAACUUCCAGCAAACAACGAACCUCCACCUGGUGCCAUCACUGAGGACGGAGGAAGCAGCACGGCCAUGACCCCGCUCUUCGAAACCAUCAUGUCUCACGUCCCACCGCCGACGCACCUCUCCCGGACCGAUCCGUUCUCCAUGCUCACAGUCCAAGUGGAGAAUGAUCCCUUCGUCGGUGUCUUAUACCUCGGUAGGAUCCAUUCCGGCGUCGUAAGGGUGGGCGACACGCUCUGGGCUCUCGACAGCGAAGGCAACAAAGUCGGCGACGGAAAAGUCAAGAAACUCUACAGUCGCGCCGGACUCGAGCGUUUCGAACUCGAGGCCUCCGGAGCGGGCGAAAUCGUCAGUAUCGCGGGUAUCAAAGGCGGAGGCGUUAACGUCACGCUCGUCGCAUCUAAAGGCUGGGACGAGUCCGGCCCUCAACCACUCCCGACGACGCCUAUCGACCCGCCGACGAUCUCCAUCACCGUGUUUCCCAAUGAUUCGCCCCUGGCGGGUACGGAGGGCUCGAAGUUGACGUCGCAGAUGAUUCGGGAACGUAUCAUGAAGGAAUCACAGACGAAUGUCGCACUGAACGUUCUUCCCGGUCCUUCCGCCGAAUCACUCGAACUUCGCGGUCGUGGUGUGCUUCAUCUUGGAGUUCUCCUUGAGACUAUGCGCCGCGAGGGUUUCGAGCUUAGCGUUGGAUCUCCUAAAGCCGUCAUGAAGCCCGACCCGGAGGACCCGAGCAAGGUUUUGGAGCCGAUAGAAGAGUGUACGAUCCUGGUGAGGGAGGAGUAUGCGGGUACGGUGAUUCAGAAGUUGACGAUGAGGAGGGGUGAGGUGGUUAGCUACGAUGAGGCGGAGCCGGGUUUCGUGAGGAUCGUUAUUGAUGUACCAGCAAGGGGCCUGAUUGGGUACAUGGCUGGGGAGUUUAAGAACGACGUACAUGGAGAAGGGACUAUCAACCAUAUCUUCAAGUCGUAUCAACCGCAUAAGGGCGAGAUCGAUACUGGAAGGAAUGGAGCGUUGAUUUCUAUGGCUCGUGGCGAGACAUCGGGAUACGCUAUGGCGCCUCUUCAGGCUCGUGGUGUCAUGUUCAUCCACCCACAAACCCAAGUCUACCCCGGCCAAGUCAUCGGUGAAUGCUCCAAGGCCCAAAAUAUCACGGUCAACCCUUGCCUGAAAAAGGAACUCACGAACUUCCGAUCCGCAGGCGCGGACGAGAAGAUCGUCCUCGCGUCGCCGAGGAUCAUGAAUCUGGAGGAGAGCAUCGCGUAUAUGGGAGACGAUGAGUUGGUCGAGAUUACGCCGUUGCAUAUUAGGUUGAGGAAGGCGGAGUUGGAUCCUAGGAAGGCGUUGGCAGGGAGUAAGAAGAAGCCUGGGAAGUAGAUGGUGAAGGAGCAACGGUUUACAGGGUUCUAUACCCUACCAUCCACUAAUUCUCACUCAAAAUUAGCUUUGCAUCAUUAUUUAUCUACUUCAUUUCAUGUUAGACGUAUCGGAUGUAGACAUAGAUUCACGGCUAAUCGACAAACACCACCACCGCUCUGUUGCUCG